UUCUCCGCAUGGGCCACCGUCGCAUGAUACAUACGUCAUCUUAAUACAUCCAUGAUACACACACAACAGCCAUGGCUGCUGUGGGUUUCUGUGGAGACUGGUUCAUUUUCACCUGCGACAAGAAACUCGUAGCACUUGACAGCAAACAGAACAGAGAAUCCUUUGUGUUUGACUGCAGCACUGCUGAGAAGAAGCCACCAAAGAAUACCAAGGAUGAUAACAACAGUGAUGGCGGUGCCACAGAGGAAUCAGGAAGUGACAAAGUCCUUGCCUUCGCCGUGUCUCCAUCUGGAAAGCUAGUGGCGCUGACUGAUGACACCAAGAGGCUGGUCCUGUUUCGCUGUGAGCCGUCAUGGCAGUGCAUCAGCAUCAGGUGGGUGGUGAGGAGGUGCACCUCCCUGAUGUUCAGCCGGGCAGAGGACGAGCUCCUGGCGUCUGACAAAUCAGGAGACGUGUACUCCUUCUCAGUGGUGGAGCCGCAGAGAGAGGGCGAGCUGAAGAUGGGCCACCUGUCCAUGCUGCUAGCUUUAAGCAUGUCGCCGGACGACAAGUACAUCAUCACAGCCGACCGGGACGAGAAGAUCAGAGUGAGCCACCUCAGGUCUCCGUACAACAUCCAGUCCUUCUGCCUGGGACACCAACAGUUUGUCAGUGCUCUGCUGGUCCCACCAGGUCUUCCUCACUGGCUGCUAUCUGGAUCAGGGGACGGGACCAUGAAGCUGUGGGAGUACGAGUCCGGCCGUAAGCUGCAGAGCUUGGACCUCAAAGAGCUUGAAGAGACACCGAGCACUGAGGCUGACAAACACAAGAAGCCAACUGUAUGCCGAAUCACCAGCUCCCCUGAUGCUCGCCAUGUAGCGGUGCAGUGUGAAAGAGUGUCCUCGGUCCAGUUGUUCACUGUGGACCGGGAGGGUGAAGAGAAGCUCGUCCCACACAGCAGGCUCUCCCUCCCCCACUGUCCCCUGGACAUGACCUUUGACCCGGAAGGCCGGCUCUGGGUGCUGAUGGACUCCGGUGACGUACCGCUCCAAAUGUACACGCACAGACGAGACUCCUGGGAGUGUGAUGCUGAGAGCCCUGAACUGAACAGAGUGACUGAAGCCUUCAAGCCACAUUGGGAGACACUUGAGGCCUCCACGAGGACCGACAGCCGCUUCGAGCAUCUGUACAAGGUGAGCUUCGACAACGUGACGGCGUACCUGCAGAAGAAGCAGCAGAGACUGGAGGAGCAGCAGCUGAAGAGGGGGAAGACACAGAGGCCAAACAGCAACAAGAAGGUCAGGAAGGAGACGUCAGAAGCUGGAACUCGCUCAUCUACCUGAACAGACACUUAGAAAAGAGAGCCAGUAUUUUCCUUUAUGUUUGAUGAUUUGAAUGAUGAAUCUUUUGAGUUGAAUGUGUGCAUUGGAUGAAGCACAUGGAGAGUGCGUGCUUUACCACAUGGCCUGUAUAGAUGGAUUUUUUAUGUUAAAAAUAAAUGCUGCAGCUAACAUUAAA